UCCCCAAGAGGGCGUGGCUCCAGAUCCUGGCAAAUAAAAAUCCGGAGAGCCAGCACUGUCUGGAGACCAGCAGAAGACCUGAGGAACUCAUUCAGCAAGCCACUCAGUUCCUGGGCCUUGGAGGCGAUCCCCAUGGCAUCCCCCCAAACGCUGCUCCUCUGCCUGCUGGUCCUGGCAGUCACGGAAGGUUGGGGUCGCCAGGCGGCCAUCCCAGGCUGCCACCUGCACCCCUUCAAUGUGACGGUGCGAAGUGACCGCCAAGGCACCUGCCAGGGCUCCCAUGUGGCACAGGCCUGUGUGGGCCACUGUGAGUCUAGCGCCUUCCCUUCCCGGUACUCCGUGCUGGUGGCCAGUGGCUAUCGACAUAACGUGACCUCCGUCUCUCAGUGCUGUACCAUCAGUGGCCUAAAGAAGGUGAAGGUGCAGCUGCAGUGUGGGGGGGACCGGAGGGAGGAGCUGGAGAUCUUCACGGCCAGGGCCUGCCAGUGUGACAUGUGUCGCCUCUCGCGCUACUAGCCCACCCUCUCCCUUCCUCCUUCGCCUUGGUCAGAGGGUUUGAGUUGGAGUAUAUCCUGUAUAUCCUGAGGCCCCUUGAGGACAACAGCUCUCUUAAGAUUCUGUAUUGGCACCUCCUGAGAAGAGGGCAGUUUCUGCCUCUCCCCUGCCUCGGCCUGGCCUCCUAACCAGUCUGCCAUCAUUUCACUCCUCUCUUUGUCCUUACCCCUAAAUAAAGC